UCACUUCCGGUUAUGCGCUAGAGGACCAGUGUCUGGGAGGCGGAUCGGAAGUGUGUGCCAGGAGCUCGUGCUUAUUUUUUCUAUUUAGAAAGGAUAGUGCAGUGAUAAUAGAAAUAAGUUAAAAAUGGCGUUGCGAAUAGUAAGAACUGUUAGCUCUAGAUUUUGCACGUCUUCUAUGCUCUAUUGCCUAACCAGAAGUCCACCGACUUCUGUGUACCAGUUAAGCUGGUUAGGAAAACACUACGCUGUUAGGAGCUUGAGCACCAGUUCGCAACUACUUUCUGGAGGCAUUAGGAGAUGUGGUGUACUGCGGUCUUCCAGAAGUUGGCACAAAGUUAAAUAAAAUGGAUGAGUUUGGAGCUUUGGAAAGUGUGAAGGCUGCAAGCGAAUUGUAUUCCCCCUUGACAGGAGAAGUAACUGACAUAAAUAAAGCUCUAGCUGAUGACCCUGGACUAGUAAAUAAAUCCUGUUAUGACGAUGGUUGGUUAAUAAAGAUGACUGUAGAUAAACCUGAAGAACUUGAAGAGCUGAUGGAUGAAGACGGUUACGAGAAGUACAUAAAAUCUAUUGAGGACUGAUUUAGAUUUUUUAAUUAAGUAGUUAAUCAGAUGAUGGCCCAUUGUAAUUGAACACAAAUUAACAUUAAACAGGACUUGUGAAUUCCAAGUUGCACUACAGAAAAUGUUAUGAAGACUGUCGCCCAGAGUCUGCUGCCAAAUGUAAAAAGUCCUGAGCUAAUAUUUUGUGUGUGGGGGUGGGGGGGUGGAGCAAGUGCUUCUGCCUUUGCACACCAGGUUAUUUUAACUAGUAUGCUUCGCCAGUGUGAUGCCACUUAAACUUACAACUAAUUGGGCUGUUUACUUGAUAUACGGUUAGGUACCUAAACUUGGUUGUGCACUUCAGAAUCUGAGAUAAGUAUGUACAAGUCUAGCCUUAAUUUGUGCAACAAAGUAAAUCUGCAGAAGAUCUGUUCUAUAUUUUGUAUUACUUAUCUAGAAAGUUUAAUACCUGUUCAUUAGUUUUAUCCUGCCUAAGCAAAUAUGUUUCUACAUGUAAAGUAAUAUGUCUUCUUUAAGAAGAAAGCUAUUUUGUGUUGUACUGUACAACAGUACUGUCUGAAGAUUGUUGGUUGUGUAGCGACAUAAAACUGCUUCAGUUGUAGCUAUUUUCUACAGAUAAAACUACAGCUUGAAAGCAGAAAAUGUGCAUUAUAAAUUAAUAAAAUGACUGUCAUAUGCUC